AUGAGCUCACAGCGCUACGAGCGGCUCGCAGGACAAGACAAUGACAAUGAUGGGUUAACACAGUCUCCCGUCGCGAUACCCGCCUCUCCGCCACCGUCAUUCCGCUCCCAUCAGUCCUCUCGCCGCCACUCCCGAGAUGAGGACUCACGACCGAAUGAGGAGGAGCGCGAUUUAGAUAACGCCUUCGAUGCACCCUCCGAUGAUGAAGACGAUGAUGACGAUACACGCGACCGCCGACUAUUGAUCGCGACCUCGGGCUCCACACACAGCCAUGAAGGAGCGCAGUCUGGAAGCACGUCAAGACCAGAUGCGCUGCCGAGAUCGGUCACUCAAUUGCCAUCGUUCCCCGUCCCGCCACCAGGAGGAAGCGGAAGAGUCGUUGGAAGCAGUCAGGCAAAUGAUGGAGUAUUCGCGAAUAUCAGUGCAAAGCCACGGGCUGGCGAAGAUCUCGAGGAGAAGCCUCCGACCUACGAAGAAGCAUCCGCAGAUGCAACUCCUCCCUACUGGGAAACGCACAUACUAUCUCCCUACGCCAUGAGCGGUAACCCCGAUGAUGUCUUCGUGGACGGCCUACUCGUGGGAUCAUUCUUCUCCUUCAUUUGGAAUCUCCUGAUCUCCAUGUCCUUCCAGAUCAUUGGAUUUCUCCUCACUUACCUUCUGCACACAACACACGCAGCCAAACACGGCUCCCGCGCUGGUCUCGGAAUCACUCUCGUUCAGUACGGAUUUCAAACCCGCUAUGGCCCCUCCAAUCUAGCGAACUCGGGCCCUGGCACAGCAGACCCUGGUGCACCGGCCGAUGGUAUCCCGGACGAUCCCAACAGCCACAACUUCGACCCGAGCGAACUUGCCGGAGAUGGACCUUCGCACUCAGGCCUUGACACUACCCAGUGGCUUUCAUAUGUGUUGAUGAUUGUCGGGUGGUUCAUUCUGAUCCGUGCGGCCUCUGACUUCAUGAAGGCGAGGCGGCAGGAGGCGCUGAUAAGGUCUUCGCCGGAUCGUGGUUUGGGCACCGCUGUUGUGGCGGAGAACGAGACGCCUGAGACAAGCGUUUGA